AUGCCAACAGUGAAUGAUGAUGAUAUUAUACGGUUGAGAAUAGAAUGUUGUGCCGGUAAGGAUGAAAAUCGUUAUUCAAAAGGAACCAGAAAAUUCAAAGGUUUUGUUCAAAUAAGAAAUAACAGUGAAGAAAGAAGACGAACUGCAGUAAUGGAAUGCAAAGAAAAAGAAAAGAAGAAAACUAGCCCAGAUUUAACUAUGGCAGAAAAGUAUCUAAAGAAUAUCAGACAGUUGUUAUCUUCUUUUGCUGGUUUGUUUCAAAAGAGACGUUUUUCUUGCUUAUUCGUAUCAGCAGAAAGAUGGAACCAAUAA